CAUAUUAAAAAAUUUUAAUAAAUUUCCACCACACCGGUGUCACUCGUGUCAUCGCGGUAUAUUUAUUUUGUUUCUCCUGUGUUUUUUUGGAAGUAAAAAUGGAUAAAACAGAGGAGGAUGAAUCCAAUAAAUUUAGUUUAUUGGUGAUUGUAUUAGACACAAAUCCCUCGCAACGUAUUGUUCGUCAAAACCCUCAAUUGCUUACACAGUUUCUGGAUGCCAUUAUUGCCUUUGGCAACGCUCAUCUGAUGCAGCGCUCACAAAACAAAUUAGCUGUUCUUUCCUGUCAUCAUCACGCAACCGAUUUUCUAUACCCUAUGCCUGGAAAGCAGUUGGAUGUUCGUCAGGUUGAUGGGCAGUAUGAAGUAUUUAGUUUGGUGGAAAAGACUGUCAAGCAACGCCUGAGUCACAUUAUUACCAAUGCCCCAAAAUUGAGUGCAGCUUGUGAGAGUAUCUUGGCAGGCAGCAUGGCAAUGGCCCUUUGCUAUAUAUCUAGAAUCCAACGUAACGCAGCUGCAGGUGUAAAGAUGCACUCGCGCAUUUUAGUUGUUACAGGCAGUAAUGAAUGCGCCUCUCAGUACAUGACAUACAUGAAUGUUUUCUUCACGGCACAGAAAUUAGGCAUUACUGUAGAUGUUUGCGCUUUAGAUAAGACUAUGAGCUUAUUGCAACAAGGUUGUGACAUAACAGGUGGCCAAUAUUUACGUCUUACACAGCUGGAUGGUUUGCUGCAAUAUUUGCUGUGGGUUUUUCUGCCCGAUCCGCAAAUGCGGCAGAAGUUGGUGUUGCCUCCUGCGACCAAGGUGGACUAUAGGGCAGCAUGCUUUUGCCAUCGAGAGUUGAUUGAUAUUGGAUACGUUUGUUCAGUGUGCUUAUCAAUAUUUUGCAAGUUUAGCCCUAUAUGCACCACAUGCCAUACGGUUUUCAAGAUACGUGGCCCAAUGCCUGCUAAACCGAAAAAGAAGAAAAAGGUUUAAUUUCCUUUCAUUACUAUUAUCCAUCAAUCUUAUCCCAAGCAACAAAAUAUAUAAUAUUUUCUAUAUUCA